AAGAAAAGAAAAGAAUGUAGCUUUUAAGAAAGAAGGAAACAUCAUCAGAAGCUUCUCUCUUUCAGAUUGACAGAGUUACAGAGAGAAUUAAAGAUUCGAAGCUCUUCUUUGGUCGUUUUUUAAAGAAAAAUAUGUUGUGUAGAAUGGUGGUGGUGACCGGCCGGAAGAAGAAACCUGGUUCUGUUCCGGUUUAUCUGAAUGUAUACGACCUUACACCUAUCAAUGGCUAUGCUUAUUGGUUAGGACUUGGGAUCUAUCACUCUGGUGUUGAAGUUCAUGGGGUUGAAUACGGUUUUGGAGCUCAUGAGCAUUCAACUACGGGGAUCUUCGAGGUGGAACCAAAGCAAUGUCCGGGUUUUACAUUCAGGAAGUCUAUUUUGAUUGGAAGAACUGAUUUGGAUUCUGAUAAAGUUCGUUCCUUUAUGGAGAAACUUGCUGAAGAUUAUAGUGGAAACACUUACCAUUUGAUUACGAAGAACUGUAAUCACUUUUGUAAUGAUGUUUGUGUUCAGUUGACUCGAAGAUCGAUACCUAAUUGGGUUAACCGUCUUGCUCGCUUUGGUUUGUUUUGUAACUGUGUUUUGCCGGCUGAGCUGAACGAGACAAAGGUGAGGCAAGUGAGAUCAAAGGAAGAGAAGAUUCCUGAAGUGGAAAAGAAGAAACUUCGGAGCAGAUCAAGUAGAUUCCCACCUGGCCCUUCGCUUUCUUCUUCGCCGGGUUCUUUAAACCGGAGCAGAAGAGGGGAAAGGAGAAGACAAUGUUUUCCUCCAUCGCCAACUGUGAGUGCUUAGCUCUAGUGUUAGUAAAACUUUGUAUUUCACCUUCUUGUUUCUGUUAUUUGAUUCGUUAGUAAUGGUCCAAAGAAGUUGUGUUUACGCUACGAGAUAUCAGAUUGAACAAACAUUUUCUUGAUAUGGUAAUGUUAUAAGAUCUCCACAUUAUUUUUGUCA